UCCCACAUAUGUACAGUACAUAUCAUGUCUACGCCUCUACCUAUCCUAUCCUCCAAGCUCGCCCAAGCUUGCUCGCUACGUCGACCCGUCAUACGCGCGGGAUUGACCAACACGAAGCGGGCAUGCAGCCGCAGACCGUUCCUCACCUCUCUCUGGGCCACCACGUCCCGAGCUCGCGCGAGCCCUGAACCCGCCAGCAGCAGCUCCCCCGCACCCCCGGCCAGCUCAUCCCGUCCGCCUCAAACACAAUCACAAACCUCGCGACAAACACCACCAUCGCCACCACCGACGUCUCGCAGCAACGAGAAUGUUGUCACGCCCACCCCCGACCACCAACAUGACUCUCCCGCCAAACAUAUUGCCGUGAGCAUUGACGGAGAUCCCCGGACCUUUGACACCGUCUUCCUGCGCGAUAGCUGCUCCUGCACGCAAUGCAUGGACCCUCACAGCAAGCAGAAGCUCUUCCAGACUGCCGACAUUCCUGAAGAUAUCGAAGCCGAAUGCAAAGCCGUCGUGCAUCAAGGGAAACACAUGGUCGAGAUACAAUGGAAGAACGACGUCAAGGGCUAUGCAUCGGACCAUCGCACACGCCAUUCCAUCGACUGGCUUCGGAGGGCUUCCAACACCGAAUUGCUGCUUCGAGGAGGUGUGCGCCACGAUGAACGUGUUUUGUGGAACAGGGACAUCAUCACGAGAAACAACAAGUGGAUCGAUUAUGCCGACUGGAUGGGUCAGGACCAAGUCCUCUUUGACGCUCUGUCCCAUCUCAACAAAUAUGGCAUCCUCUUCCUCAAAAAUGUUCCCGAUUCCGAAGAGUCCGUGGUAGACAUCGCAGGCCGUAUAGGCAUCCUCGAGGAAACCUUCUACGGCCGCACGUGGGACGUCCGCUCCAAGAAAAAAGCAGAGAAUAUAGCCUAUACUCCGCAAUUCCUCGGUCUGCACAUGGACCUUCUCUACACCUCUAACCCGCCCCACCUCCAGCUCCUGCAUUCCCUCCGCGCCCGCACCUCUGGCGGCGAGUCUUUCUUCAGCGACUCCUUCCACGCCGCCCGCCUCCUCCAGCAGAAAUCUGCUUUCCACUUCCGCACCCUGUGCACCUUCCCCGUGACCUACCAUUACCACCACCCAACACAUCACUACCACUAUACGCGCCCCACCAUCGAACUGUAUCCUUACCCAAAGUAUAGCGAGCCCACGAACCUCGCCAUACACCACGUCAACUGGUCGCCGCCCUUCCAAGGCCCCUUCGAAGCCCGCAUCGGCGGCGAGCACCAGACUACCCUGCGCAACUACCUCUCGGCCGCCCAUGCUUUCGAAAAACUCAUCAGUGCCGAGGAGAAUCUGUUCGAGUACCGCCUAAAUGAAGGCGAGUGCGUCAUAUUUGACAACAGGCGUGUCUUGCACGCGCGCAAGGCCUUCGAUGCGACGCAAGGCGAGAGGUGGCUCAAGGGCACGUAUGUGGCCGACGACGUAUUCUACUCUAAACUGAGAGUGUUGGAGGAGAGGUAUACCGGGCAGUGGUUAGCAGAUGGCGUUGUGAGGCCAGCUACUGAGUAA